AAGAGGGCGAUUAAUAAAAGUACGAUAAUAUAUGGGUACUUGUUUGACAACAGUGCUUGAUCAAUACAACAGAAGCAAUUCAAGAUUUUGAAGGAAAAAGACUAAGACUGGAGAAGGUGAUUCAUGAAGUUUGCGAAUUUGUUAGCCGUGGUAUUGAAAAAAAUCACCUGGCCAUCUCUGACGCAUCGUGGAUGACGGCAAACGAUUUUGAGAAAUCAAAGAUACCACCCAAUCAACGGCCAAUGCUCCUGGUAGCAGGAAGCACAUCCUCAGGCAAGACCACUCUUAUCAAUGCACUGUUGAAAUUGUCGCUUCCAACAGAAUAUAAUGCAGCAACUUCUACUCUCUGUGAAAUCAAGUUCUCAGAAAAACAACAAGGGAUAGUGUACACCUCACAGGGGGAAAAGGAAUAUGACCUUACAUCACAAGAUGAGUGGAAAGAAUUUAAGGAACAAGUAACUACUGGAACUCAUGACUGCGUCGAAGAGACAUCAACAGUUUGUUCUAAAAUAGAAGUGCUGUGGCCUAUUGACACCUUACAAGAAUUUACAACAGUUGACAGUCCUGGUGUGACUGAGAUUGAACAAGCUGGACUUGCUCGUCAGAUGACUGAGAAAUGCCAGAAAGACUUAGCAUGUGGUGUUGUCUAUGUGCUAAAUUCCUGCUCACCAGCUGAAAAAGCUGCACAGGCUGGAGGUCUGUUGUUAGCUCUACUUACAAGUAGCAAAGAAUCUCCUAUCUCUGGAUCAGCUUUGUUUGUUGCUAACAAAUGGGAUAAGCUGAAAAAUGAGCUACCAAAACAAUCUGAACAAAACAACUACUUAAAACUCCUUGCAAAAGGUUUACAGAAGCGAUGGAAAGGUUUUAAGCAAAAUCAGCUACUACAAAUGAAUUCAAAAUUUGCAGCUACACGUCGACAUGUCGGCGAGACAACAGGUGACUUAAAAAUAUUGUGCAGCUCUAUCGAAUGUAUGAUACCAAAAGCACUCGACAACAUGAUCAAAAUGAAGCUAAGUGGUCCCUAUGAGUUGCUAUCUGAUGUAGAAGCUUCAUUGAAAAAUGCACUACGAAACCUGCACAUGGAUUCCACUGAAAGAAAUACAAAGACUCAAAAUGACACAGAACGGUUACAAUCUCUUGAGAAAUUUGUUCGAGAACAUUUAAGCAUUGAAAGGAUACAAGAAAAGGUUGAACAUCUGGUGAAAGAACUUGCUGUAGAACUGUCAUCAGAACCAGAAAAAACGAAAUUCAUUGCUAAGUUCAAGUCUCAUGAACCAUCAAGAGAUCAAAGACAUGCGUCAGUACGACUUGACUACCUACAAGAUACAGUAAAGUAUCAAUUCCUGCAUGCAAUAGCAGAGAACAAAGCAUUCUGUGAGAUGUGCUCUUGGGCAGAAACCGAGAAGCUCCUGGUUAAUGUCAAGCAAUCAGUUGUAAAGCUCAAUAUUGCCAGAGCUCAUAUUACUGGAGCUGACAACUUUUCUGGUGCUCUGACUUUACUGUCAGACCUGGAUAUUAGUCGCAAGGGUGAUUCCCAUGCGCAGGAAUCAGCUGUAGUUGCUGUCCAUACCUCAAAUACAAUGACAUUUCCUGUAAAGACUAACAAACAGAUCAGUUCAUUAGACCAACAAGUGCAAAGCAUGUAUGAAGAGUUGCUCAAAAUGGCUAGAGAAAAUGAUGACAAACUGUUGAAAGACGUAGUCAAUGAACUCCUUGACUCACUUAGCCCUCCAAUAGGAAUCACUCGCAAAGAGCUGCCACGUCAAAUUAAUGAACUUAGGCUACAACUAGAAUCUACCAAAACCCAGACUUUAACAAAGGACCACUACAAAGAUCUGUUGCGCACAUGCCAAAAGCUAAAGGGCAUAAUGUCAAUGUUACAAUUGGAGCUGAAAAUUCAUGAAUAUCAAGCAACAGAUAUCAUCUGGCCAGAACCAAAAUGUGAAGUAGCAACUGGCUACUUCAGUAUUGUCUACAAAGUGUCAGCCGAAACAAUCCAAGAUCAAGUUGCCCUAAAGAUCAUGAAAGUUCCAGUAACAGAAGACAACUCCGAGCAAUUCAUGAAUGAACUUCUCAGUUGCAAAAGGCUAAAACAUAUGAACUUGGUCAAUUUCUUGGGAUCAGUGGCAAUUUCUGAAAAACCUCUACAGCUUGGCCUGUUGUUUGAAUGGUGUGACGGUGGCACAUUGGCAAGCACGAUUGACAGUGCAGAUUACAAGGCAGGAUACACAAGAGAUGGAUACCCAGUUGCUCAGCGAAUUAUUGUGGAGAUAGUCAAUGGAGUUAAGUAUCUCCACGAUCACGGAAUUGUCCACAGAAAUUUGAAACCUGAAUCCAUUAUGUUUACUUCAGAGAAAACUGUGAAAAUUGGAAACAUGGCAAUAGCGAGUCGUGUCAAAGAAGUCAUGGAGUCUAAGAUCCAAGGAAUGACAGUCUACCUUGCCCCAGAGGUGAGACAUAAUAAACCGUAUUCUCUCCCUGCUGAUAUGUACAGCAUUGGUCUUAUAAUGUGGAAAAUCUGGAACAAAUUGAGAAUCCCUCAAGAAUAUCAACAAGAUGAAACUGUCUAUGACACAGUUCCUCAGAAUUUGCAGCGUGCUCCCGGAUUUAUUGAAGUGAAGGAAGGAAUUCAAAACACUCAAUGGCAACAAUUGGCAAUCAAAUGUUGGGAUUUACUACCAGAAGAGCGACCCACUGCAAAUGAGACAUAUGAAAAACUUAAUAAGGCUUCACCAGUUUCAUGCCUAGAUGUCCCACCUACAUGCCACUGCUGCUAAUUAUCAGGGUACCUUAGUACCCUCAUCUUAUGGAUUGCUUAGGUUUUGGAGUGUUGUGGGGGCGUGGUCAUCUUUUUGCACGCUUAGAAAACAUAGUAAAUGUAGACUAAAAUUUCUCAAAAUUAACGAAAUAAAAUGUUUGCACGUUGUGUACUAUAUCCUAUUUUUGUUUUGGUCAAUAAUCAUCUAACAACCUA